CACUACUAUAUAACAAAUAAUUUGAGGAUUGAAAAAUGUACUUAUGAGAGAAUGCUGGAUACCAGUUUGCUGUUUGUACUAUGAAGGAUACGCCAAUAUCCACUAGAUGUCUUAAGCUUCACCAAUUUCUUUCUGGCCAGCCUCUCUUUGCAAAUGAUUUUUUGUCACCACGAGAGGCAUUGCUAGAUGUCCUUCUUGCUGUCCAUGUAGAAUGCAAAAAUUCUGAAAAGUUGAAAAGGGAAAAAGCGUAUGCAUCGUUUAUACAAAAGUAUGAUUCUCUGGUUACUGAAUUGAACGGUCUGAAGCUAACUAAAGAGGAUUUUGAACCUAAAAAUGUUAUUGGAAGAGGUCACUUUGGAGAGGUCCGACUGGUGAGAGAAAAGUACACUGGCUGUGUUUACGCCAUGAAAACUCUCAACAAACAAGCUACUCUUGACCAAGACUCUUCUGCGUUCUUUGAGAAUGAGCGAAACAUUAUGGCUAACGGAUCUAGUCCCUGGUUAACUGCCCUGGAAUACGCAUUUCAAGACCACGAGAACUUGUACCUCGUUAUGGAGUUUCACCCUGGUGGGGAUCUGUUAUCAUUCUUGACCAGACAAGAGAGUCAAACUAUGGAUGAGGAAAUGUUGAAGUUUUACGGUGCAGAGAUGGUGCUCGCGAUCAACGCGCUCCACGAACUAGGAUUUGUCCACAGAGAUAUCAAGCCUGAUAACAUCUUGUUAGACAGGAAAGGGCACGUUAAGUUAGCCGACUUUGGCUCCGCGGCCCGCAUCAUAGACGGUAAAGUACAGACGGGCAUGCCAGUAGGGACUCCUGAUUACAUUGCUCCUGAAGUUUUACAGAGCAUGGAGGGUAAACGUUGUCAGCCGUACGGUACAGAGUGCGAUUGGUGGUCUCUUGGUGUCGUUAUUUACGAGAUGUUGUACGGAGAGACACCCUUCGCUGACGACACGAUGGUACAGAUUUACAGUAACAUCAUGAACUUCGAACAAAGACUGGAAUUUCCUGAGGAUGAUGACUGGAAAUUAUCAGACGAGGGAGUCAGUCUUAUCAGGAGUCUUAUCUGCAAACAACGCGUCAGGUUAGAUUUCACUGGACUAAAAGACCACGUGUUCUUCUCCAAAACAUCCUGGGACUCCAUCCUAACGGCUCUCCCGCCUUUUGUACCGGAGCUGAGGAGCAUUGACGACGUGUCUCACUUUGACUACGAGGAUCUCGCUCCUAGUCAGAACAGAGCUUUACGAAACGGAGGCAAAUUCGGGAGUCGUUCGACCAACUUUACCGGACAUGAUCUUCCUUUCUGUGGGUUUAGCUUCAGUAAAAACCUUGUCGACGCCGCUCAGGUAGCAGCAAGUUCCACAAUGGGUGGUAACAACCAAGAAUUAGAAUCCCAGAUCACGCAGAAAAACAGGGAACUUAAAGAAAACAAAGAAAAGAUUCACCAGUUACAAAUAGAGAAUACAGAUAAGAAGCAGGCAGUUCAGGAAUUAACGACUGUUCUCGGUGAAAAGAAAGCUUCAUUUGAUGAAGUCUGUAGAGAGAAUGAAGAGAUGAGACAAGAUAACGUUUUGCUGCAAGCUAAGAUGAACAACAAACAACGUCAGUUUAAGCAACUGGAGGCUGACCAUAAGAAACUAUCUGCUGAAGUAGAGCGAAAUAUGAAGUCGAGCAUGCAGCAGGCACUCAAUGACACUGAGAGUGAAGAACUCCUUAAGUGUAAGAGGAAGAUUACUGAGAUGGAACAGCAGGGAGAUGUGCUCCAGCGCCAGAAAUCUAGGUUAGAAGAGGAGCUACUGCAACUAACAGAUAAGAGUAAAGUUCAGAAGAAGAACAUAGUCGAUUCUCAGACUAAAUAUGCUGUGGACACUGAGAAACUGAGAAAGAAACUGUCAGAUCUUCAGUCUGAACUCCUUGCUAAAACAGAUGAGCACAACAAGUCUGAGGAAAGGUUGCGCGCGAGUCAGAACAGUGAGCAGGAUCUGCAAGUUAUGCUGGAUAAAGCGCGCACGGACUGCGGGGACCUGCAGCGCGAGCUGAACACCGCAAAGAGCAGCAGUAACAGUGCGCAGGAGCGGGAACUGAUGGAGCUUAAGAACAGAAACGAAUACCUGCAGAAAUCUCUUGAUGAUAAGGUCGACCUAACAUCAGAUAUAGAAAACAAAGGACGAGCACUGCUGGAGGACCUGGAACAGAGAUACGCCAACAUCUUCAAAACGCACGAAACUGAAAAGGAGGAACUCCGCAAAUCUAAUGAGAAAUUCAGGUUGCAAUUACAAGAGCUUGAGAGUUCAAACAAAACGCUGGAGGAGGAAAAGGAGAAUGUAAAAACUAGACUUAUGAGGACGAAAUCAUCGUCUGAUUCAAAGUAUCAGGGUGAGAUAUCUAGGUUGGAGCAGGAGAUCGGGGAACUGAAGAGCAGGAACGAGGAAUUACACAACAAACUCACCGAGAGAACAAACUCUUCUGAUAGGAUCAUGGAUAAGGAGAUCAACACACUGAAGGAAAGGUUGAAGAAUGAGCGACAUGCCUUCGAUGCUAAAACUAACAAAAUGGCUGAUCAGAUUGACGAACUUAGAACAGAGAAUCGGUCACUACAAUCGAAAAUAGAUACAAUACAAAACAACAUGAAACAGAAAGACUCAAACAUAAAUUCCCUAAAAGAACAGAUGGACAGUUUGCAGAAUGAAAACAGUAUCCUAGGCAAAGAUCGUAUAAAGAUGUUGAUGUUGGAACAAAAAAUAAACGUGAACGACCAGGAACUAAUAGAAAAACAAACUCUGCUUACCAAGUACGACACAGAGCUACAAAAAGUAAGGUCAGACUUAUCAGCGAAAGAGCUGGAGCUGGAAACACAACGCUCUUUAGUCGGCAACAACGACAACAGAGUCGCUCAACUCAGAACUGAACUGGGAGAUCUCAAGGAGCAGAAAGAAGUGUUAGAAGGAGACUUAAAGGAAGCAAAGGAAGGUCUGAGAGACAGCUCCCAACGCCAAACAGCACUUCACAGAAAGUAUGAAAACUUGUCACAGCGCACAAUUCAACUCCAGGAGGAUUACAAUGAAACCAAGUUGCAGCUUCAAGAAACAUUGGGAUCCCUGGAGACAGCACAACAACACGAAGAACAGCUCAGCAACACAGUGAGCGGUUAUAAAAUCCUAAUAGAUCAGCUGGAGAAUGAGAAGACGAGGUAUACGCACGAGGCUACCAACUUGCGCGAGAAACUUGCCCAAUCAACGGGAAAGAGCAGCGAAGUUAACAACAAGUAUAAGGAACAGAUUGAUAACUUGAAGCGGGACGUAGCCCAGCUCAAAGAUGAAAAACAUCUUGAGCGAAACAAGAACGAGCAACUCAACGUUGAAAUUGAGGAAUUGGAGGCAAAAUGUGGCCUUUACAAACACAAUACAGAAAAGCUUAACAAAAACUUCGAAAAUGAGGUUGCCAAGUCCAAGAAAAUGGAGAUGGAGAUUUCCAGAUUGAACGAUGAGAAUACCAGACAGUCGACUCUAUCAUUCCAGCUCCGUCAAGAUCUGAAUGAGGAGACAGAGAAAUACAACAACAUGGCCUCCAGAUACAACAGUCAGACUAAGAAUCUGGAGGAGCUACAAGCACAAAUCCUUCUCGAUCAGAUGAAGUUCAAGCAGAAAGAGAAUGAAUAUCUGAAGUUGAUCGAUCAUUUGAACGGACAAUUACAGAGACAACCAGUCAAGAAAACAAAAGGAAAACCUGGAAGUAAAGGAAAUAUUCGAAGUCUAUCGAGUAACAUAACCGAGUGGAAACACAGUAAAGAAGCAAAGAUUGCCGCUCAGAGAAGAAACGAGCUUGAACAUUUGCUCAAACUUGAAAGGGAGAAGAAUAGAGAACUGAAAGAAAAGCUAGCAUCGUUCAAAGACCAAACUCCUCCACAACUCAGAAAAAGCAACGACUCACUUUCAAUUACAAGCGGUUUUGGCAGUAGAACUAACCUUAACACUGCGAAAACGCAUAGUCAGUCAAUACCAGGAAUGGCCUCAACAGAAGAGGUCCCUUCAAGGCUUGCUAAGAUGGGUAUGACUCACAGUAUUCCACAUCGAUUUGAGGAGAAGACCACUCUUAAAUCUGAGACCUGUACUGUAUGCAGAGACGUUAUAGGGUUUGGAAAGAAGCAGUCAAAGUGUAAAGAAUGCCGAGUGGUCUCACAUCUGAAGUGCCAAGGAAGUGUGCCCCAGACCUGUGGCCUGCCAGCUGAGCUGAUGGAGCAUUUCACUAAAGCCCUCAACACUCCGCUUUCCCCUGAACCUGCCCAGAAAACGCCAGUGAGAGUUGGAACACUACAAGAAGGCAAACUGAAAGUAAUGAAAGCAGCUCGGGGUCAGUGGGCACCUUAUCACGUGAUGUUAUCUAAAACUGAUAUCAAGUUCUGCCAUCCUGAGUCACUGAAACUGGAUCCCACCCUUAACAUCAGCUUAGAAAGUAUGGAGAUGAGCUUGUCAACUGUAACACUGACGGAUCUACCUUAUGUUGCUGAGAGAGACAUGCCCUUUGUAAUCUCACUCUCCUUCAAAAAUACCCCUAAACACGCCUGGCCGCCCAGGGAUCUGUUCCUGCUGUGUCCUUCAUUCAGUGAGAAGCAGCAGUGGAUCGGAACUUUGGAGUCCAUCACCUCAAAGUGUGCUAUGACCUCCGGAUCUGAAUACUUCAGUGCUAAAAACAUUGUCACCCUGUCUGGCCCGGAUAACAAAGAGAUAAACUGCUCGUGGCUGUUUGACGAUAACACGGUCCUGGUGGGAACUGAGCAGGGGUUGUUCGCUCUGCUCAUGCACAAGUUAUCUAGUGGUCUGAUCAGAGUUCCUGAGCUUAAAGACGUCCACUCUAUUCACGGCAGUAGGGAUUGUGGUACGAUAGCAAUGAUAGUGGGUAUAGAUAACGUGCUCAAUAUUGUUACGUUCAGUGAAAUGGAGCAGUGUUAUCUCAGAUGUAUGAAAAACAGGAACACUAAACCUUUACAGAGUCAGGCAAUCAAGAAGUUCUCAGACUGUCACCUGGCUAAAGUUGGUAAGAUAAGCUCUGAUAGGUUUGUAGCAGUUGCUCAGGAGAACACUAUUCAACUGCUGCUGAUAGGAGAGCAAGGUUCUCUUACCAUUCACAGCUUUAUAGAUACUGAGGACACCUGCAACAGUUUAACUUUCAGUGGAGGUCUACUCCUGACAUCGACAAAGAAGUUCUACCUAGUGGACCCAAUAACAAACACACUGGACCAGUUCCUGGACCCUAACGACACAACUCUAGCAUUCUACACUUACGGUGCAGUGCAGCGCGGAGUGCUACCUGUAGGACUAGUAUAUCUGCAGGAUACAGAGGAGAUACUGCUGUGUUAUCCUACAAUGGGGGUAUUCGUAGAUAAGAAGGGAAACAGAUCCCGACCUCAUGACAUACAAUGGGGUAGAACCCCUAUCACCUUCGAGUACAGUGCCCCCUUCCUCUUCAUCUCCCACGUCAACUGUUUACAGAUGAUAGAGCUAAGCAGUGAGAUGUGCACGGACACAUAUAUCCAGCCCCCGCGCUAUGCCGAGAUGAUCGCAAACACACGGUGUAUCGGCGUCACCCCCAAAGGAACCCUCGCCACCAACUCCACCUCGCACGCCUCCAAUAUUAUGCUGCUGACAGGGAAGGUGUGUCCCCGACCAACCAGCUUCGUGGAGUCUGUCAGCUCCACUCACUCCUCGGAGAGGGGGUCCCGGUACAGCCCGGGGGGAGAGGAGAGGUUUAGUGACGAGAGGUACGGAGCUGACCAAUACCGGGCAGAGCAGUACGGGCCUCCCGGGUCUGAUACCCAGUACAGAACCCAAGCUGACAGGUUUAUCUCGGAGGACGAGCUGUACGCCGCGCAGGAAAAUCAGGCGCAGGGUGCUUUUGACCAGCGAACAUCGUCCGUGUCGGAAUACUUCGGCCGUCCGAUCAACUUGAACGCUUCAAUGCAAUCUAGCCUAAUGGAUGACAUUGGUGACGAAUGGGAGACCAGGUCUGAAGUUGCAAGAUUCUGAGUCAGAAGAACAUGAACAGUAGGAUACGAGUUGAUAAAAGAGCAGGUGCUCCAGUUUGUAGCGUAGAGCGAAUUUGACUCUGAAUUGCUAGACUCUGUAGGGGACCAAGAUUCUGAAACGGCUUGAUUCUGAGGGAACAGAGUAAAAUUUUGAAUUGGCUAAACUUCCGCCUCGUUAUUAAUUUACAUUAUUGAUGCCCUCCUUGUCUCAGAGUUGUUAGCGUCGAUCAACAAGGUGGUCGGAAUGUCCAGUCUGUAAAGAUUGGAAAUAUUUGUUUUAAAUAAACCCCACUCCUGGGGGCCUUCAUGUCCGAAGGAAAUAUGUUAUUUGUAAUGUUUUGAGUGACCAACGAGUAUUAAAUUUUUAAUCCCAUGAUGCCGAUUUUUAAUUUUAUAGAGUCAACGAGUUUUGAUUUUGAUUUUUAAAGAAGUUAAACUUCGGUAAAAUAAGUGAUGUUUUAAAAUUUACGCUUUAGUUAGUUUCUACUGGAAGUUUUAAUGUGGACUGAACUUGCACACAUAAUUCGCAUUGUUAAAGUGUAUUAUAAUACCAAUUUUACUAAUUGAACAGACUUGCUUCAACAGAAGUACAGAUCGACAA